UUCUGAAUAAUCUAUUUCUUCUCCAAUUCUUUGCUUCCCCUUCUCUCUCUGUGCGAUCCCAUCAAAACCCUAAUUUUGAUCGCCAAAAAGCUCAAAUUCCCUCUGAUUACUCUAAAAAAUUCGAAGCUCGACGAUCCGAUCAUCGUCAAACCGCCCAUACAAAACCUUGCUCACUUCAAGUUUAGUUGGCGCAGAAUUUUAAUUUCCCCAAUUCAGCCUCUGCUCUUCGAUCAAUUCUUGGUUUUCAGGGAUUGAUCGGGUUCCAUUUCAAAGAGUUUCUCAAUCGUGCAAUGCUUUCAGUUCCAAUAUGAAGUUAAAAAGAAGGAGGGCGGUUGAAGUGCCUCCAAAAAUUAGAUCCUUCAUCAAUAGUGUUACUGCUGUUCCCUUUGAGAUUAUAGAGGAACCUCUGAAAGGUUUCAUCUGGGAGUUUGAUAAGGGAGAUUUCCAUCAUUGGGUUGAUCUUUUCAACCAUUUUGAUUCAUUUUUUGAGAAGCAUGUAAAAUCCAGGAAGGAUUUGCAGCUUGAUGAUAAUUUUCUAGAAAGUGAUCCUCCUUUUCCGAGGGAAGCUGUUCUUCAAGUUCUCCGUGUAAUAAGGAUAAUUUUGGAGAACUGCACAAAUAAGCAUUUCUACAGUUCUUAUGAGCAGCAUCUUUCAUCUCUGCUUGCUUGCACUGAUGCGGAUGUGGUUGAGGGUUGCCUGCAGACUUUGGCUGCUUUUGUAAAGAAAACAGUCGGAAAGUAUUCCAUUAGAGAUGCUGCACUAAAUUCAAAGUUAUUCGCUCUUGCACAAGGUUGGGGGGGAAAAGAAGAGGGUCUUGGAUUAAUUGCUUGUGCAGUACAGAGUGGUUGUGACCCUGUUGCCUAUGAAUUAGGUUCCACCCUUCAUUUUGAGUUCUAUGCAUCCAAUGAUUCAACAGGUGACAUCCCUGCCAACCAAGGAUUACAAAUCAUUCACUUACCUAACAUCAACACUCAUCCAGAAACGGAUCUUGAGCUUUUGAGUAAGUUAAUUGCUGAGUACAAAGUACCCUCAACCUUAAGAUUUUCUUUAUUGACAAGAUUGCGGUUUGCAAGGGCUUUUGGUUCUGUAGCUACUCGGCAGCAGUACGCAUGCAUCCGCUUAUAUGCCGUCAUAGUUCUUGUUCAAGCAAAUAGUGAUGCUGACGAUCUUGUUUCUUUCUUCAACACUGAACCUGAGUUUAUCAAUGAAUUAGUGUCAUUGUUGAGCUUUGAGGAUGUGGUUCCUGAGAAAAUUCGAAUUCUAUGUCUUCUUUCACUGGUUGCUCUUUGUCAAGAUCGAUCCCGGCAGCCUACUGUUUUGACUGCUGUCACAUCUGGUGGUCAUCGUGGAAUCCUAUCCAGUCUCAUGCAGAAGGCCAUUGAUUUUGUCACCAAAGAUACAUCAAAGUGGUCUGUUGUUUUUGCUGAGGCUCUAUUAUCUCUUGUCACAGUUUUGGUGUCAUCAUCAUCAGGUUGUUCAGCUAUGCGUGAAGCUGGUUUUAUCCCCACCCUUCUGCCUUUGCUUAAAGAUACAAACCCACAACACCUUCAUUUGGUCAGCACAUCUGUGCACAUUUUAGAAGCUUUUAUGGAUUACAGUAAUCCUGCUGCUGCAUUGUUUCGGGAUUUGGGUGGUUUAGACGAUACAAUCUCUCGCCUACAGGUGGAAGUGUCUCAUAUAGAAAAUGUCUCAAAGCAUCAAGAUGAGGAUUCUGACAUCAUUGGGAGUAGUGCACAAGUAGUUGCAGGAACUUCCACAGAGUUAGACAACAUGCAGCCUUUGUAUUCAGAACCACUGGUUUCAUAUCACAGACGACUGCUUAUGAAAGCUUUAUUGCGUGCUAUAUCCCUGGGGACUUAUGCCCCUGGAAAUACUGCCCGUGUUUAUGGCUCAGAGGAGAGUCUAUUGCCGCAAUGCUUAUGCAUUAUAUUUAAAAGGGCAAAGGAUUUUGGUGGCGGGGUAUUCUCACUGGCGGCAACUGUCAUGAGUGAUUUAAUACACAAAGAUCCUACCUGUUUUCCAGUCUUAGAUGCAGCAGGCCUUCCUUCUGCCUUCUUGGAUGCUAUAAUGGAUGGAGUUCUUUGCUCUGCGGAAGCCAUUACAUGCAUACCACAGUGUCUGGAUGCCCUAUGUUUAAAUACUACUGGUCUUCAGGCCGUGAAAGAUCGCAAUGCUUUGAGGUGUUUUGUGAAGAUAUUUACUUCAAGAACUUAUCUGCGUGCCCUGACCAGUGACACACCAGGCUCGUUAUCUAGUGGAUUGGAUGAAUUAAUGCGCCAUGCUUCCUCAUUGCGUGGGCCUGGAGUGGAUAUGCUGAUUGAGAUCUUAAAUGCCAUUUCAAAAAUUGGACAUGGGGUUGAUGCUCCUUACAUGUCAAUGGAUCCUUUGGGCUCUUCUACUCCUGUUCCCAUGGAAACAGAUGGAGAAGAGAGGAAUUUGGUCCUGUCUGAUAAUGGGGAAUCAUCCAAAACGGAGAGUUCAGAGCAGACUGUGGAACCACCUUCUGAUUCUUCAGUGGGGAAUGUUGAAUUAUUCCUUCCUGAUUGUGUGAGCAAUGCUGCACGUCUUCUUGAAACAAUACUUCAGAAUGGUGACACAUGUCGUUUAUUUGUGGAGAAGAAGGGGGUCGAAGCUGUCCUGCAGUUAUUUACCUUGCCUUUGAUGCCUCUUUCUGUUUCAGUUGGCCAGAGUAUUUCUGUUGCAUUUAAGAACUUCUCACCACAACAUUCUGCUUCUUUGGCUCGGGCUGUUUGUUCAUUCUUGAGAGAGCAUAUGAAAUCAACAAAUGAACUCUUAGUUUCAGUUGGAGGGACUCAACUUGCUUUGGUGGAAUCUACGAAGCAAACUCAAGUUUUGAGACAUCUUUCUAGUCUUGAAGCUAUUCUAUCUCUGUCUAAUGUUCUGUUGAAAGGGACCACUACUGUGGUGUCUGAACUGGGUGCAGCAGAUGCAGAUGUAUUGAAAGAUCUCGGAAGCACAUACAGGGAAAUAAUUUGGCAAAUCUCUCUGUGCAAUGAUGUCAAGUUAGAUGAGAAGAUCAAUGCUGAGCAAGAACCAGAGAGUGCUGAGGCAGGUCCGACUAAUGCGUCUGGAAGGGAGAGUGAUGAUGAUGCUAAUAUACCAAUGGUGAGAUAUAUGAAUCCAGUUUCUAUCAGGAAUCAGCCCUUGUGGGGUGGAGAACGCGAGUUUCUUUCAGUUGUUCGCUCUGGUGAAGGUUUGCACCGUCGUAGUCGUCAUGGGUUUACACGCAUAAGGGGUGGAAGGACAAACCGACAUUUGGAGGCUUUAAAUGUUGAUUCUGAAUCUUCAUCAACAGUAUCGGAGACAUCUACUUCCCAGGAUUUGAAAAAGAAAAGUCCUGAUGUUCUUGUGAUAGAAAUCCUCAACAAGCUGGCUUCCACACUGCGUUCCUUCUUCACAGCUCUUGUCAAGGGAUUCACAUCACCAAAUCGGCGUAGAGACUCUGGGUCAUUGAGUUUGGUUUCCAAGACUCUUGGAACUGCCCUAGCUAAAAUAUUUCUCGAGUCUCUUAGUUUCUCUGGGCAUUCUACAUCAGCUGGGCUUGAUACUUCACUGUCAGUCAAGUGUCGAUAUCUUGGCAAAGUUGUCGAUGAUAUGGUGUCACUUACAUUUGACAGCAGGCGGCGAACUUGUUAUACUGCAACAGUAAAUAAUUUCUAUGUGCAUGGUACUUUUAAGGAGCUGCUUACAACAUUUGAAGCUACUAGUCAGUUGUUGUGGACACCACCAUACUCUGUGUCAGCGUCAGGUAUUGAUCCUGAAAAGACAGGUGAAGGAAGUAAACUGUCCCACAGUUCAUGGCUGCUUGAUACUUUACAGAGCUAUUGCCGUCUGCUCGAGUAUUUUGUUAAUUCUUCUUUACUCUUAUCCACAACCUCUGCAUCUCAGGCGCAGUUGGUUGUUCAGCCAGUUGCAGUUGGUUUGUCAAUCGGGCUUUUCCCUGUGCCAAGGGACCCAGAAGUUUUUGUUCGUAUGUUGCAAUCUCAAGUUCUUGAUGUGAUACUUCCAGUCUGGAACCACCCUAUGUUUCCAAAUUGUAGUCCAAGUUUCAUUGCUUCUAUUGUCUCUCUUGUCAUGCAUGUAUAUUCUGGUGUUGGAGAUGUGAAGCAGAAUCGCAGUGGCAUUGUUGGAAGUACAAACCAGCGAAUCAUGCCCCCACCACUUGAUGAAAAUACUAUUACCACCAUUGUUGAGAUGGGUUUUCCAAGAGCUAGAGCAGAGGAAGCUCUUAGGCGGGUGGAAACAAAUAGCGUUGAAAUGGCCAUGGAGUGGCUCUUUAGUCAUCCUGAGGAUCCUGUGCAGGAUGAUGAUGAACUGGCUCGGGCACUAGCUCUUUCACUAGGAAAUUCAUCAGAUGCAUCCAAAGCUGAUAGUGUUGAAAAGUCUGUUGAUGUACUGGCAGAAGAGGGUUGUGUGAAAGCUCCUCCUGUUGAUGAUGCCCUUGCAGCAUCGGUCAAAUUGCUUCAAAGUAAUGAUACCAUGGCAUUCCCAUUGACAGAUUUGCUUGUGACGCUUAGCAACCGGAACAAAGGUGAAGACCGUCCAAGAGUUGUAUCUUAUCUUACUCAACAGCUAAAGAAUUGUUCAUUGGAUUUUUCUAAUGAUACCAGUGCAUUGAGUAUGGUUUCACAUGUUAUUGCAUUACUUCUUUCCGAGGAUGGAAGCACAAGGGAAAUCGCUGCACAGUAUGGUAUUGUGUCUACUGCAACAGAUAUCUUGAUGAACUUUAAGGGCAAGGAUGAGUCAGGCAAUGAGUUUCUUGUCCCAAAAUGUAUCAGUGCUCUUCUGCUUAUUUUGGAUAACAUGUUGCAAUCAAGGUCCAGAAUUUCUGAAGGUACUCAAACGGGGGCUUUACCUGAUCAUGCUCUAGCAUUACAAUUCCUUGAAAAUGGAGGCCUGGCAGCUCUAUUUGGCCUUCCAAGAAGUUGUUUUUUCCCUGGAUAUGAUACUAUUGCAUCUGCUAUCGUUCGCCAUCUCCUUGAAGAUCCACAAACACUGCAAACAGCAAUGGAAUUGGAGAUUCGCCAAGCCCUGAGUGGAAACAGGCACGGUGGGCGCACUUCUGCACGAACAUUCUUGACAUCAAUGGCACCUGUAAUCUCCAGAGAUCCAGUAGUUUUUAUGAAAGCUGCUUCUGCGGUUUGCCAGUUGGAGACAUCAGGAGGUAGGACCUUUGUUCUGUUAUUGAAGGAAAAAGAGAAGGAAAAGGAAAAAUCUAAAGCAGCAGGUGAUGAGGCUGGAUUAUCUUCCAAUGAGUGUGUGCGCAUUUCUGAAAAUAAGAUACACGAUGGAUCUGGUAAAUGCUCAAAAAGUCACAAGAAGAUCCCUCCCAAUCUCACUCAAGUGAUAGAUCAGCUUCUUGAAAUAGUCUUCAAAUACCAUUUCCCAAAUAGCCAGGAAGACUCUGCUAAUAACCCAUCCGCUAUGGAGGUAGAUGAACCCACUAUGAAGGUGAAGGGUAAAUCAAAGGUUGACGAGACAAGGAAAGUGGAGUCUGAAUCUGAAAGAUCUGCAGGGUUGGCUAAAGUUACCUUUGUUCUCAAAUUACUGAGUGAUAUUCUUCUUAUGUAUGUACAUGCAGUUGGGGUUAUACUUAAACGAGAUUUAGAAAUGACUCAAUUGCGGGGAUCUAAUCAACCAGAUGGUCUUGGACAUGGUGGUAUACUGCACCAUGUAAUUCAUCGAUUGCUUCCACUCACCAUUGAUAAAUCUGCUGGACCUGAUGAAUGGAGAGACAAGUUGUCCGAAAAAGCUUCUUGGUUCCUGGUAGUUCUGUGCGGUCGUUCCAGUGAAGGGCGCAGACGAGUAAUUAUUGAACUUGUAAAGGCUUUAUCCUUGGUUUCGAACUUGGAUAUUACUUCCACCUUAUUACCUGAUAAAAGGGUUUAUGCGUUUGUUGAUUUGGUGUAUUCAAUUCUGUCAAAAAAUUCAUCAUCUAGCAACUUACCUGGUUCUGGGUUUUCACCAGACAUAGCAAAAGGCAUGAUAGAUGGGGGAAUGAUUCAGUGUCUGACUGGUAUCCUUCGGGUGAUUGACUUAGACCAUCCUGAUGCUCCCAAAACUGUGAAUUUGAUACUCAAGGUGUUAGAAAGCCUAACAAGGGCUGCUAAUGCUAGUGAGCAAUACUUUAAAUCUGAUGAGACGAGCAAGAAAAAAUCCACAGGGUUGAAUGGAAGAUCUGAUGGUCAGGUAACUGCCCCAUCAGCUGAUACAACUGUGGGGGAUAAUCAGAAUACAAGCAGUGAACAGGGUGUGGGAGGUAUCGUACAGGUUGUUCAAGGGGAUCAAGGAACUUCUCAAAGUGAAGCUAAUCCUGAUGGAAAUCCAAACCAGUUGGUGGAACAAGAUAUGAGGAUAGAAGUUGAAGGACCGCUAGCUUCUAAUCCAUCUAUGGAGCUUGGGAUGGAUUUCAUGCGUGAGGGGAUGGAUGAAGGUAAUGUACUGCACAACACUGAUCAAAUUGAGAUGACUUUUCGUGUUGAGAAUAGGGCAGAUGAUGACAUGGCUGAUUUAGAAAAUGACAUGGGUGAUGAUGGCGAGGAUGAUGAGGAUGAUGAUGAGGGAGAAGAUGAGGAUGAGGAUAUAGCAGAGGAAGGUGGUGGCAUGAUGUCUCUUGCUGAUACUGAUGUGGAAGAUCAUGAAGGUAACGGCUUGGGAGAUGAUUACAAUGAUGAAAUGAUUGAUGAAGAUGAUGACGAUUUUCAUGAGAAUCGUGUCAUAGAAGUGAGAUGGAGGGAAGCCCUUGAUGGGCUUGACCAUUUGCAGGAAAUUGGACAACCUGGAGCUGCAAGUGGUCUCAUUGAUGUUGCUGCUGAACCUUUCGAAGGGGUUAAUGUGGAUGACUUGUUUGGUCUGAGAAGGCCGUUGGGUUUCGACCGCCGCCGUCAGACAAGUAGGUCUUCCUUUGAGCGAUCUGUUACAGAAACAAAUGGAUUUCAACAUCCUCUCCUUUUAAGACCAUCCCAGUCUGGGGAUUUGGUCUCAAUGUGGUCAGCAGGUGGAAAUUCAUCCAGGGAUCUAGAAGCCCUGUCAUCAGGGAGCUUUGAUGUAGCUCAUUUCUACAUGUUUGAUGCUCCUGUUCUACCUUUUGAUCAUGUACCAAGCAAUAUUUUUGGUGACCGCUUGGGUGGUGCAGCACCCCCACCGUUGACUGAUUAUUCUGUAGGUAUGGAUUCAUUGCAGUUAUCGGGCCGAAGAGGACCAGGUGAUGGUCGAUGGACCGAUGACGGCCAGCCUCAAGCAGGUCCUCAAGCUGCUGCUAUUGCACAAGCAGUGGAGGAACAGUUUAUAUCACAAUUACGCAGUCUUGCUCCAGCUGAUAUCCCUGCUGAACGACAGUCCCAGAACUCAGGAGUGCAGGAGAAACAGCCAGAUCUCCCUCCUUUAAGUGAUAGUCAAGUAGCAGUGGAGCGUGAUGACAGCCAUGAAAGAAAUGAAGAUCAGCAUCAAGUUGGGGUUGAUGAAACAACACAUCAAGUUAACUCAAGUUCUGACGCUGCUCCCUGUCAAGAACAAGUCAAUCCAGAAUCUGUAGUCGAAGGUGCAGGGGAGUUCUCACAGGUACCUGAACCAAUGUCAAUUAUGCCACCUUCAACCAGCAGUACACCAAGCGAUAGCAUGGACAUUGGUGAUGGGAAUGGUGCUGCUGGUGAGCAAGUAGGGUCAAUGCCAGGUUCUGUCAACUCGUCUGCAGAAAUAAGUGCUGGUUUACAAUGUGAAGGGGUCUCUGCUGUGCCUUCUAAUGCCCAUGAUGUUACAGUGGUGGAGGCUGUGGGUUGUGAUAGAUCCUCAAGAACAGAGGGGCAGGUUGGUAAUGUGUCGGCAAGUUUCGGUUUUGAUGUGCCUACUCCAGGUGAUUCUCAUACUUUUUUUAUGCCAACAAAUGUUGAUGUUGAUAUGAAUUACAUUGGUGAAAUAAAUGAAAUUGGCCAUCCCAUGCCUGCUUUUGAAAAUCGUACAGAUGAACCAUCAAGGGAAAACACAACUGUUGCUCCAGAAGCUAAUCAGGCUGAACAAGAUUUGAAUAAUGAGGCUAAUGGUGCUACUGCAAUUGAUCCAACCUUCUUGGAAGCUCUACCUGAAGAUUUGAGGGCCGAAGUUCUUGCUUCACAGCAAGUUCAGCCCGUUCAACCUCCAUCUUAUGUGUCACCUUCUGCAGAUGACAUUGAUCCUGAGUUUUUAGCAGCCCUUCCUCCAGAUAUCCAAGCAGAAGUUUUGGCUCAACAAAGAGCACAACGGGUUGCACAGCAGGCUGAGGGACAACCGGUUGACAUGGACAACGCUUCAAUAAUUGCUACUUUUCCAGCUGAUUUACGUGAAGAGGUGCUUUUAACUUCUUCAGAAGCAGUUCUGUCUGGAUUGCCUUCUCCAUUGCUCGCUGAAGCCCAAAUGCUAAGAGACCGAGCAAUGAGUCAUUAUCAGGCUCGCAGCCUUUUUGGGACCAGCCACAGGCUAAAUAACCGGAGAAAUGGAUUGGGUUUUGACCGGCAGACGGUGAUGGACAGAGGUGUUGGAGUCACUAUUGGCCGGAGGGCAGUUUCUGCUCUUGCAGACUGCUUAAAGGUUAAGGAAAUUGAAGGAGAGCCGCUUCUGGAUGCUGAUGCAUUGAAAGCCUUAAUUAGGCUAUUACGAUUAGCGCAGCCCCUUGGUAAAGGACUCUUGCAGAGGCUAUUGUUGAACUUAUGUACCCACAGUGUUACACGAGCAAUCUUAGUUCGUCUUUUGCUCGAUAUGAUCAAACCCGAGGCUGAGGGCUUAGUCGGUGGAUUAGCAGCUAUUAAUUCCCAAAGGCUUUAUGGUUGCAAUUCAAAUGUUGUUUAUGGUCGAUCACAGUUGUUAGAUGGUCUUCCUCCCUUGGUGCUGCGUCGAAUUCUUGAGAUCUUGACUUAUUUGGCCACAAAUCAUUCUGCUGUGGCAAAUAUGUUAUUCUUCUUUGAUUUCUCUGGUGUUCCUGAGUCAUCAAGCCCUAUGCAUGUGGAAACCAAGAAGGACAAAGGCAAGGAGAAAAUUGGAGAAGCAGGAUCUUCAAAAACUUCUGGAAACACCCAGGAUGCUGACAUUCCCCUGAUAUUGUUCCUGAAGCUCCUGAACCGACCUCAUUUUGUACACAGCACUGCUCAUCUUGAGCAGGUCAUGGGCCUGCUUCAGGUUGUUGUAUAUACUUCAGCUUCAAAAUUAGAGGGCCAGUCUCAAUCUGAGGGGGCAGAUAAGCCUGUUGGUGAAGCAUCAGGAGAUGGUCAAAAGGGUCCUCCUUUGGAAUCAGAAUCUGGUCAGGGAGAUAAACCUGUUAGUGGUGAAUCAUCAAUUUCAGAUGGAAAGAGGAGUACGGAUACAUAUAAUGUUUUCUUGAAGCUGCCAGAAUCUGAUCUGCACAAUCUUUGCAGCCUUCUUGGUCGUGAGGGGCUUUCAGAUAAACUUUAUAUGCUUGCUGGUGAGGUGUUGAAGAAGUUGGCCUCAGUUGCAGCGCCCCAUCGAAAACUUUUUGUCUCAGCGCUGUCAGAACUAGCUCAUGGUUUGAGUGCCUCAGCUGUUGGGGAGCUUGUCACUCUCCGAAACACACAUAUGUUGGGUUUAAGUGCUGGAUCAAUGGCUGGGUCAGCAAUCUUACGUGUAUUACAAGCACUUUGCUCCCUCACCUCACCUAGGGCUAGUGAGAAUUCAGGACUGGAGAAUGAUGCGGAGCAGGAGGAGCAUGCCAUCAUGUGGAAGCUAAAUGUUGCACUUGAGCCACUGUGGCAAGAAUUAAGCAACUGUAUAAGUGCAACUGAAACAGCGCUGGGUCAGAGUUCUUUCUGUCGAACCAUGUCUAUAGUAAAUGUUGGAGACCAUGCACAGGGUUCUUCUUCAUCUCCUCUCCCCCCUGGAACUCAGAGGCUCCUGCCUUUUAUGGAGGCAUUUUUUGUUUUGUGUGAAAAGCUACAAGAGAACCUCUCUACAAUGCUGCAAGAUCAGGCGAAUAUAACUGCAAGAGAAGUCAAAGAGUCCUCUGGAAACUCAGAUCCUUCAACUACCAAGUGCCACAGUUGUGGGGAUUCUCAGAGAAAGCUUGAUGGUGCUAUUACAUUUACAAAGUUCGCUGAGAAGCACCGCCGGCUUUUAAAUGCUUUUAUCAGACAGAAUCCAGGUUUGUUGGAGAAAUCCCUUACUAUGAUGCUGAAGGCACCAAGGCUAAUUGAUUUUGACAACAAGAGAGCGCAUUUCCGGUCAAGAAUUAGGCAUCAGCAUGAGCAACAUCUCUCUGGUCCUCUGAGAAUAAGUGUUCGGCGGGCUUAUGUUUUGGAGGAUUCUUAUAAUCAGUUGCGCAUGCGGCCUACUCAUGACAUGAAGGGUCGGUUAAAUGUCCAAUUCCAAGGGGAAGAGGGUAUUGAUGCUGGAGGUCUGACACGAGAGUGGUAUCAAUUACUGUCGAGGGUCAUAUUUGACAAGGGGGCAUUGCUUUUCACCACUGUAGGAAACAAUGCAACUUUCCAGCCAAACCCUAAUUCUGUCUACCAGACAGAACAUCUGUCAUAUUUUAAAUUUGUGGGCCGUGUGGUUGCAAAGGCACUUUUUGAUGGGCAACUUUUGGAUGUUUAUUUCACUCGAUCCUUCUACAAGCAUAUACUUGGUGUAAAGGUGACUUACAAUGAUAUAGAGGCUGUGGAUCCUGAUUACUACAAGAAUUUAAAGUGGAUGUUAGAGAAUGACGUGAGUGAUAUUCCUGACCUGACGUUUAGCAUGGAUGCGGAUGAAGAAAAGCAUAUCCUUUAUGAGAAAAACCAGGUUACUGAUUAUGAGCUGAAACCUGGAGGAAGAAAUAUUCGGGUUACUGAAGAAACGAAGCACGAGUAUGUUGAUCUUGUAGCUGAACAUAUCUUGACAAAUGCUAUCCGUCCUCAAAUUGAUUCCUUCCUGUACGGGUUUCAUGAAUUGGUCCCGCGAGAGCUUAUCUCUAUUUUCAAUGACAAGGAGCUUGAGCUACUCAUCAGUGGUCUUCCAGAGAUUGAUUUGGCUGAUUUGAAGGCCAACACCGAGUACACUGGCUACACAUCAGCAUCUGAUGUUGUUAAAUGGUUCUGGGACGUGGUUGAAAGUUUUGACAAGGAGGACAUGGCGAGACUGCUGCAGUUUGUGACUGGAACAUCAAAGGUUCCAUUGGAAGGUUUCAGGGCGUUGCAAGGUAUCUCUGGUCCUCAGAAAUUUCAGAUUCACAAGGCUUAUGGAGCUCCUGACAGGCUGCCCUCCGCUCAUACAUGCUUUAACCAGCUAGACCUUCCUGAGUACACCACCAAAGAACAGCUUCAUGAACGAUUGUUACUUGCUAUUCAUGAAGCUAGUGAAGGAUUUGGCUUUGGUUGACAGAAAAGAAUCUCAGCAGAUAUUGUUUCUCCAGGGUUCCAGUCAUCGGUCGUAUAGUUAGCAUGUACAUAUGACAGAACCGGUUCUGAAUUUUAGCUUCCAGAAUUACAGCAACUUUUGGAGAAAUCGAAUGAUGGAUUUUGUUAAGAAUUCGGAAACCAUUAUCUUACCGGAGGCCGGUAAGCUCCUCGGUGACAAUGGAUUGAAAUUGUAGAAAUUAUUUUGCGGAUUCUUAACGUGUGGGAAAAUUGGGGAGUCGGUACAGAUGGAUAUGGAUAGAAAAUCUGUUCUUUUUGGUGUUUAUAUUAGAUCUCUAUUUAGAUUAGUCAGUUUUCUUCGCUUUCUCUGACCUGAAUGUUUGGUAAUAAGCCUAGGAAUAUGUAUAUGUAUAUGUAAUUCCAUAUGGUUUCUUUUGGAUUUUAAUUUAUUUGAAGGCGAGAAGGUGAUUCCAAUUUUGCUCUCA